UGAAAGUGCUGUGAGAGUGUGUUUCCCACUGCGCAUCGGUGGGGCUAUAACUGUCAUGGUGUCACUGUGAGUUUGUGUACUGGCGCCUGCGCGUGUCAAGAUAUGUGUGAGCCUGUGAGUCGUGGGUGCGUGGGUCGCCAUCCUCCCUCCGUGUGGACGUGUGUGUGCGUGUACCGCUGCGAUGUGUGUGUCUCUGUGGUGCUGGCUGUGGGCGUGAUGUGAAGGAGAUGUGUGUCACUGUGUCUGUGGGGGUCCCGCCUUGGACCUCCCCACAGCCCGCCCUCCUCCCUGGUUCUGUGGCUCCCUCCCAGGCAGUGUCCCUGCCCCUCCCCUCCUCUCCCUCCCAACCAGUCUGUGCAGAGGGGGGGGGAGCUGGUGCUGUGGCCCCCCUCCUCCCCAUCCUGGCCCCAUAAAUAGCAGCAGAGCCGGAGCUGGAGCCAGCGCCAGCGGCUGGAGCAGCAAGGAAGUCAGGGGCAGGGCCCGGAAAGCUGGAGAGAGGAGACCCCCACUAAGAGCCCAGUGCCAUGUCGGACCCUGAGAUGGAAUGGGUGCCCGAGCCCCCCGCCAUGACCCUGGGAGCCUCUCGAGUUGAGCUGCGGGUGUCCUGCCACGGCCUCCUGGACCGAGACACACUCACAAAGCCGCAUCCCUGCGUGCUGCUCAAGCUCUACUCCGAUGACCAGUGGGUGGAGGUGGAGCGCACGGAGGUGCUGCGCUCCUGUUCCAGCCCCGUCUUCUCCCGGGUGCUGGCAGUCGAAUACUUUUUUGAAGAAAAGCAGCCACUGCAAUUCCACGUGUUCGACGCCGAGGAUGGAGCCACCAGCCCCAGCAGUGACACCUUCCUUGGCUCCACAGAGUGCACCUUGGGCCAGAUUGUGUCACAAACCAAGGUCACUAAACCAUUACUGCUGAAGAAUGGGAAGACUGCGGGCAAGUCUACUAUCACGAUCGUGGCUGAGGAGGUAUCAGGCACCAAUGACUAUGUGAAACUUACCUUCAGAGCCCACAAGCUGGACAACAAGGAUCUCUUCAGCAAGUCUGACCCUUUCAUGGAGAUCUACAAGACCAAUGGAGACCAGAGUGAGCAGCUGGUCUGGAGGACUGAGGUGGUGAAAAACAACCUGAACCCCAGCUGGGAGCCGUUCCGCCUGUCCUUACACUCUCUGUGCAGCUGUGACGCCCACCGGCCUCUCAAGUUCCUGGUGUAUGACUAUGACUCCAGCGGGAAGCAUGACUUCAUUGGCGAGUUCACCAGCACAUUCCAGGAAAUGCAGGAAGGGACAGCAAACCCUGGGCAGGAGAUGCAGUGGGACUGUAUCAACCCCAAGUACCGGGACAAGAAGAAGAACUACAAGAGCUCAGGGACAGUGGUGCUGGCCCAGUGCACAGUGGAAAAGGUACACACCUUCCUGGAUUACAUCAUGGGUGGCUGCCAGAUCAGCUUCACGGUGGCCAUCGACUUCACAGCCUCCAAUGGGGACCCGAGGAGCAGCCAGUCCCUGCACUGCCUCAGUCCCCGGCAGCCCAACCACUACCUGCAGGCCCUCCGCGCGGUGGGAGGCAUCUGCCAGGACUAUGACAGUGAUAAGCGGUUCCCGGCUUUUGGCUUCGGAGCUCGAAUCCCGCCAAACUUUGAGGUGUCCCAUGACUUCGCCAUCAACUUUGACCCAGAAAACCCUGAGUGUGAAGAGAUCUCAGGGGUCAUCGCCUCCUACCGCCGCUGCUUGCCUCAGAUCCAGCUCUAUGGCCCUACUAACGUGGCCCCCAUCAUCAACCGCGUGGCCGAGCCAGCGCAGCGUGAGCAGAGCACUGGCCAAGCCACGAAGUACUCAGUGCUGCUGGUGCUCACUGACGGCGUGGUGAGCGACAUGGCUGAGACCCGGGCAGCCAUCGUGCGAGCCUCCCGCCUACCCAUGUCCAUCAUUAUCGUGGGCGUGGGCAACGCUGACUUCUCCGACAUGCGGCUGCUGGACGGGGACGACGGAACCCUGCGUUGCCCAAAAGGGGUACCUGCGGCCCGUGACAUUGUCCAGUUUGUGCCCUUCAGGGACUUCAAGGACGCCGCGCCCUCUGCACUAGCUAAGUGCGUCCUGGCAGAGGUUCCCCGGCAGGUGGUAGAGUACUAUGCCAGCCAAGGUAUCAGUCCGGGAGCUCCCAGACCUUCCACACCAGCUGUGACCCCCAGCCCCAGCCCGUGAUGCCUCUCGACACAAGCAACACCCCCUCAGUCUCUCAGUGCCUGUGCUGACCCUUGUGACUCCAGUGACCAGUGUCUCUGCCUCUUGGACCAGCAAUGCCCUUUGGGUCCUGGAAGUGAGUGUUGGGCCCUGUUCCCAUGUCUCCAAGCCUCAUCCCCCUCAACUCUGUGGACCCUCAGUAACUUUCUUCAGUGAUUGUGACUUUAUGGAUGUUAAUAAAGGGAACUAGUGCC